AUGGGAGGUACAGAGCACCUCCAAUCGCUGGACCUGAGCAGCAACGACCUGACCAGCCAAUGGGUCAACCGCGACACCUUCGCCAAGCUGGGCCGACUGUUAUUGCUCGACCUGUCGCGCAACGUGCUCACGCGAAUCGACGCCCUCGUCUUCCGAAGCUUGAGCCAAUUGCGCAGCCUCAGCCUGGAGCACAACAACAUCGAGGCUCUCGCCGACGACUGCUUCGCCUCGCUGUCCCGGCUGCGCUCCCUCUCGCUCUCCCACAACAGGCUGGUGCGCUUCCAAGCGACCCACGCUCCGGCCCGUGGACUGGGCCCCGCGCUCCUGGACCAGCUCUUUCUCGACGAGAACAAACUCGAGUUCGUCGAGACGGGGGCCUUUGUCAAUUUGACAGCCCUGCAGGAUUUGAGACUCAGUGGGAACAGCCUCGGUGUGGUGCCCCAAGCCGUAAGGGAGCUCCGCAAUCUCAAAGUCCUGGAUCUGGGAAACAAUAGGAUAUCGGACAUUCCACCCGACACCUUCCUCGGGCUGGACAAACUGUCGGGCCUGCGGCUGGUCGACAAUAAACUGGAGAACGUGUCGCGCAAGGCUUUCUCGGGCCUGCCGGCCCUGCAGAUCCUCAACUUGGCCAGCAACGCCAUUCGGCACGUGGAGCCAGGCGCGUUCGCCACCAAUGGGCUGCUCAUAGCUGUCAUGCUGGACGGGAACCAACUGACCGAAAUACACGGGGUGUUCCGCAGCCUGCCCGCUCUGGUGAUGCUCAACAUAUCCGACAACAAGCUACUGUGGUUCAACUACGGGGACCUGCCGGCGAGCCUCGAGUGGCUGGACAUGCACGCCAACCAGAUCAGCGACCUGGGCAGCGCCGACUUUGCCGGUAGCCGGCCGGAGCUGCGCAUCAAGAAACUCGACGUCAGUUACAACCGUAUCGAAGAGAUAAGUGACGUGUCGUUCCCCAAUAGCGUGGAAAAAUUGUACCUGAACAACAAUCGUAUACGCAGCGUGGCCGCGGGGACGUUCAUGCGCAAGGCGCACUUGAAGAAGGCAGUGCUGUCGGGCAACGAGCUGAGGCGGCUCGAGGUCGCGGCCAUCGAGCUGCAGCCGGUGCCGAGCGACCGGGAACUCCCCCAGCUGUACAUCGGUGGGAACCCGGUGCUCUGCGACUGCACGAUGGAGUGGUUGCCCCGCGUGAACGAGUUGUCCCGCAUGAGGCAGCACCCCCGGGUCAUGGAUCUCGAUGCCGUGACCUGCGAGAUGGUGCACGCCCGAGCGGCCCCCAGGAGGCCCCUCCUCAGUCUCAAGUCCAAGGACUUUGUCUGCCGGUACCAGAGUCACUGCUUCGCCAUCUGCCACUGCUGCGACUUUGACGCGUGCGACUGCGAGAUGACCUGCCCGGACAACUGCAGCUGCUACCACGACCACAGUUGGUCGAGCAACGUCGUUGAUUGCUCGAACGCCGGCUACCGGCUCGUACCUGAGCGCAUACCCAUGGACGCGACCGAGAUCUACCUCGACGGCAACGACCUCGGCGACCUCGGCAGCCACGUCUUCAUCGGCAAGCGCAAGCUCGAGGUGCUCUUCCUCAACAACAGCGGCAUCUCCGGGCUGCACAACCGCACUUUCAACGGUGCCGAGUCCCUCAAGGUCCUCCACCUCGAGUCCAACGCCCUGCGUGUCCUCCGGGGCUACGAGUUCGAUCAGCUCGAGCACGUGCACGAGCUCUACCUCGACCACAACGCCAUCGUCGAGGUGUCGAACGCGACUUUCCGAAAGAUGAAGAAACUCGAGGUGCUGCGGCUCAACGACAACCGCAUAGUCGACUUCAAGCCCUGGGAGGCUCUCCAGCAGCAGCAAUUGCAGCGAGCAACGAGCAGCGACAGAGGAAUGGCCCCAAUGAUGACCAGCGUCUCGCUCGAGGGUAACUCCUGGAGCUGCGACUGCGCGAACGCAGCGAGACUUCGGGCCUGGCUGUUGCAAGAGACGCGAACCAGUGCCGCGGCGGCCGCGGCUGCCGAGCGCAUGUAUUGCCGCGACAACGCCGAGACCAUCGCCCAAGCCAUCCAACGCUGCGGCGCCGAUCCCUCGACCGAGGCGGUCAGCAGCGGCAUCGACGGGCUUGGCAUGGACGGUGGUGGCGACAGCAGCAGCAGCAUAGUCCACCACCAUCAGGCGCCCGUGCACGGUGGUAGCUUCGUGCCCAUGCUCGCCGGGGCUCUAGCUGCAGUCAUCGGGCUCUGUCUCCUCGUAGCCCUGGGCUUCGCCUUCCGUCAGGACGUAAGACUGUGGGCCCACGCGCGCUACGGGCUCCGCCUCGGCAAACUAUCUUCCGGGCCGCCCGAGGAGGAGCGGGACCGGUUGUACGACGGCUACCUCGUCUACAGCGAGCGGGACGAGGACUUUGUGACGCGCUACCUAGCCGCGGAGCUCGAGCAGUCCGGGUUGGCUCUGUGCCUCCACCACCGAGACCUACCGCCCACCCGGCCCCAGGAAUCACUGCCCCCCGCCGCUGCUGCCGCCCGUAGGAUCAUCAUUGCCUUCUCGCCGGCUUUCCACGCCGGCGAGUGGCAGCAUCCCGAGUUCAGGGCGGCCCUGCGGCUAGCCCUCGAAACGAUAAGGCCCACGUCCAGGCGAAGGCGGCUCAUACUUUUGUUGGCCACUGAGCCGCCUGCCCGCGAUCCCGAGUUACAGUUGUUGCUGCAAACGUGUACGGUCCUCGUGUGGGGCGAGAAGAACUUUUGGGCCAAGUUGCGCUUCGCGAUGCCCGACUCGGCGGACACGGGCAAGCGCAAGCCCGCCGGGGGACACCAUCACCACGGUGGUCCGCUACACCUGGGGAACGCGUUGCCCGCUCGGUACACGGCUGCGCCCUCGGUCGUGCUCGAUGCGUGGUCGGCCAAGCCCACCGCCCCCACGCUGCCCUCGCCUGGACUCAUUCAGCAGCAGCAGCAGCAGCAGCAGCAACAGUCGCCAUCGCCACAACAGCCGGCCCAGCAGCAGAUGCACCAUCAUCAUCACCACCACCAGCAGCAGGGCUCGAGCAGCGGGGUGCCCUUGCACGCGCCAACGCCGACACCGACCCAGUCGACGUACGUGAGCUCGGCGUCGAGUCGCACCGAGGACGAGGACAGCGGCCACGAGCAGCACCAGAACCAACAACACCAAAACCAACAGCAGCAACAGCAGCAGCAGCAGCAGCAACACGUGCUCCAUCACAACCACCUACACCACCACCACCUGGUGCACCAGGGUGGUUACAGCAUGUUGCACCCGAGCGGCUCGGGCGCGGGUAGCCAGAGACCGGCGAGCAUAGCCUCGAGGAGCAGCCACCUGUACAGCACGAUACCGGAGCUCACGGUCCAGGCCAACGCGUUCGGCAACGCGCCGAUACCGAUCAACCCCCGUACUUACUUUGUUUAAAGGACCUCGUCAGGCAGUGCCAGUGUUGUUGUUCUUGUUGUUGUUGUUCUUGUUGUUGUUGUUGUUGU